AUGGCGCCCGUUGGCACCGUGCUUAUUACCGGCGGAGCAGGCUACAUCGGUUCGUUCACGAGUCUUGCGCUUCUGGAACACGGCUAUGAGGUUAUUGUUGUCGAUUCAUUGUAUAACGCGAGUGAAAUUUCUCUCGAUAGAAUCGAACUUCUUUGCGGCAAGCGACCAACCUUCCACAAAGCAGACAUCACGGACGAGGAAGCGUUAGACAAAGUAUUUGCUGCUCAUCCUAAGAUUGACAGUGUGAUACAUUUCGCUGCAUUGAAGGCCGUGGGAGAAUCUUCCGAAAUUCCUCUUGAAUACUAUCGAGUUAAUGUUGGAGGAACGAUCACGCUUCUACGAUGCAUGACCAAAUACAACACACCAAACAUCGUUUUCAGUUCGUCUGCGACGGUCUACGGGGAUGCAAGCCAGCACGAAGGCAUGAUUCCUAUCCCAGAACACUGCCCCAUUGGCCCAACCAACCCUUACGGACGGACGAAGAGCACAAUUGAGUUGGUGAUUACUGAUCACAUCAAUGCUCAGCGAAACAAUUUGAAAAAAGCAGGAAAACCAUACGAACAUUGGAAUGGAGCGCUGUUGAGGUAUUUCAACCCAGCUGGGUCUCAUCCUAGUGGAAUCAUGGGAGAGGAUCCAUUGGGCGUGCCUUUCAAUCUUUUGCCUCUACUCGGCCAGGUUGCGACUGGUCAGCGCGAGAAACUUUUGGUUUUUGGCAAAGACUAUCCAUCAAGAGAUGGCACCGCCAUUCGGGAUUAUAUACAUGUCGUCGAUCUUGCAAAAGGACACCUCGCUGCUCUCAACCAUCUUCGUGAAAAGAACCCCGGCGUCCGAGCAUGGAAUUUGGGUUCUGGACGCGGCUGUACUGUCUUCGAGAUGAUUAACGCUUUUGAAACGGUCGUCGGUCAUCCCCUGAAGUAUGAUGUUGUGGGUCGCCGUGAUGGAGAUGUUUUGGACCUCACUGCGAACCCAUCACGGGCGAACGAAGAGUUGAAUUGGAAGACUGAGCUGACCCUUGAGGAUGCGUGUGAAGAUUUGUGGAGAUGGGUGAGCAAUAAUCCUCAAGGAUAUCGCCAGUCACCUCCACAAGCCUUGCUGGAUAGCGUGAAGGCUGCAAGGAAGUGA